AAACUGGUUUGCGCGUAUGGGUCUAUAUUACAAAGAAGUAAGUAAUAUCUAGUUGGAAUCAAUUUAAAGCGAUGAAUUUCUCGGUUCCUUUGGUUUUGCUGCUCUGGAUUUUGGCAAUUGCUGCUGAAGCCAAAGACACUCACUUGAUGAGAAAAGAGUUGUCUGCAGACUGCAAAGAGGGAUGGAAAAGCUAUCAAAACCAUUGUUAUGCCUUCUUUGACCAAAACGUGAAUUGGUUUCAGGGACAGAUGUAUUGUAAUCAAUAUGGCGGAACUUUAGUGAAUAUCGAAAAUUAUGAAGAAAACGCAUGGAUCGCAACACAAUUUACACGAAGCUCCAUAUGGAUUGAUGCAACGGACAUUGGAAACGAGGGAGUUUGGAGAUCAUUUUCCACUUGUCAACCCACGCUCAAUAAUUGGUCACCAGGCAAUCCUGAUAACUGGCGUGGAUCCCAAAACUGUGCAACAAUAAACUUUGGCGGUCCGGGAACGUGGGAUGAUGACAAUUGCUUCACAAACCAUACCUUUAUUUGCGAAUCGUUAGGUACACGUAUGGACAUUUAAUUUUUU